UUCCACGUCUUGAGUGCAACUCGGAUUUGGGCAAUACGACCAGCAAUCGAAAGACCGAGGAUCCCUCAAGCGUGUCCGUCUUUCUGUAACGGCCCAGAGUCAUCAUAGCCGUAGUUAUCGUGUUCGUCUUCAGUUGAGCGGUCGCAUUUAUCGGGUGCGGAUCAUACAGUAAAAUGUAGGAGUAUUACCAAAUCCACACAGUUGCCUAUUGCCAAAUCUCGGCAAGUCCCCUUGGAAGAACUAAUAAGUGCAGGCAAAUGGUGAUAUGAAUUAGUAAGCUAGUGAAUUUAGAAGGUUUUAAAAAUAAUAGUGCAGUGGAUUACCCCACGAAAACAAAUGAAAUCCGCUGCGAUCGCCACUCGAUGGGUGUUCGUUGAUGCAUAGCGAAGUUGGGUCUUUGCCAAGAGCUCGAAGUGAAAUAAAAGAAACCCCCGAGAGGGCCGAAAACAAUGCUCAAAGCCACGAGGAAGCCAGCGGAUCCGUACAAAUCGAAGCUAAAAGUUAGUGCCAGCCACAGUGGACCGCAUCCACUGCCCGCGGAGGUGACGGCGGCGGAGGAGGAGCAGGCGGCCACUUUUGGCCAGACAUCCCCCCAGAAGCUCAGCCUGAAGGGCAGCCAACUGGGCGGCAGCAUCUUGAUUGGCAACUACAAUUACUUGACCCAGCUGGAGGUAUGCGAAAACGAAAUGGAGGUCUUGGAUCUCAGUUCGCUCGCUCAACUGGAGACGCUGAAGUGCAGCCGGAACAAGCUGAUGGAACUGAUCAUAAAUGCCACCAAUUUGCAGACACUUGUCGCCGACCAUAAUUACCUGCACAACAUAUCCACAACGAACACGCAUCCAGUUCCGCUGAAGCUGCAGCGCAUUGACGUCUCUCACAAUAACUUCAGUGAGCUGCCCAACUGGGUCGGAGCAUGUGCCUCCUUGACCGCCUUGGAUGCUUCACACAAUCGCCUUAGCAACGUGGCAGGACUGUUACGCAACUACAGGAUAACUGAGCUGGUGUCCUUAGACCUGGCAUACAACGAUCUGAAGCAGCUGGACCAAUUUCCGGAGGGCUUUUCCAGCAUCCGGAGUCUUCAAUUGCAAAGCAAUGAGCUACCGAGUCUUCCGGACAACUUUUUUGCCGUGACCCACGCUCGCCUGGAAACGCUGAAUGUCUCCUGCAACAAACUGUCCACCCUGCCACGCUACGAGCAGAAUAACCAUGCUGCGCUGGUGAAUCUAUCGCUGGCGGGGAAUCACCUGAAUGACAGCAUCUUUGAGCCCUUGCACAAUGCCGCCAAGUUGAGAGUACUCCAUCUGGCCUACAAUCGCAUUGGGGUCCUGCCCGCCGCCUGUGUUCGCAACUGGCCGGAACUGGAGAUCCUAGUUUUGUCUGGUAACAUGCUGCAACAACUGCCCGAGGAGGUGGCCACUCUAGGUCAGCUCAGGGUGCUACGCUGCUGCAACAAUUUGCUCCUCUGCACCCCGCAACUGGCAAAGUUAGCCAUGCUGAAGGUCCUUGAUCUCUCGCAUAAUCAUCUGGAUCGCGUCAAUCUGCUGGCAUUGGUUCCAUCAAGGAAUCUGAAGUACCUGGAUCUAUCGGGGAACUUGCAGUUGCAGGUGGACGAGCAGCAGUUCAAGGUUUGUCAGACCCAAAGCCAGCGCCAUUGGAGCCUAAUCGAUGUGUCCGGGAACAAUAGAGCUGCUUUGCCGACAACCAAGAUCCGACAGGUGAGUGCCCAACGGAAUCAGAAUAAGUCCACUGGGCCUUGGACGAUGGGAUUUGCGGAAACCCCGGGCUCUGGUGAUUGCCGGAAGCUUUCAGUUUACCAACUAAGGGCUGCAAACUACGGGGGAUCAGAUGAGGCUCUGUACGGGAUGUUCGAGGCAUUGGAGGGUGGCGGUCGGGCCGCCCAGGAGAUGGCUCAUAUGGUGCCCGAUCUGAUGAAGCAGCAGCAGAUGGUCAAGGACUCGGCUGUCAGGGAUUACAUGAAGUUUACCCUGCUGGCGGCGCAGCAGCAAUGUGGCAGUGUGCGGAGUGCCGCAUUGUUCCAUCUUACCAGGACACGGGCUCCUUCCAAAGUAAGACCGCUGAAGAGCAAACGAUAUGUUCUACGCAUGGCAAGCACUGGAGGCCUGGACGCCUAUCUGAUACGACGCACCUCCCAGUUGCGUCUUACCAAAGCGGAAGGCAUUCAAAAGGAUAACAAUUAUUCCAUGCCAGAUCCACAUGUGUUAGAGCUCAUUCUCAGCAACGACGACGAGUACUUGGUGGUGGGCAAUGCUCACCUCUGGUCAGUGAUGGAUAUUGAUCGUGCAGCCCGAGAGAUGCGAAAGGAGGAGAACUCCCUGCUUGCGGCCAAGCGACUGGUGGACAUUGCUCAAAGCUUUGCUGCGGCGGAGAGUCUCAGUGUAAUUGUGGUUCGCUUUCGUCACCUAGGUACGGAUGUGGACCACCUGAUACGAGAGCUGAAACAAAGUGUACGCAAGAAGCCCCAGCCGAUUUCCUUACCUUUGUCCAGUGGAUCAGUUUGCAAGCGUACGUGCUGCGACCGGAGCAACGCCUGUCGCCACCGAGCCAUUGAACAGGAGCCGCUGGCAGGACGAUCCUCGCCAAGUGGGCAGAGUGAUCGGGACCUGCUGGCCAAGGAUAAGGACGAUGAGUUCGUACUGGCACAUGCCCGUGUCCUGCAGGAGGAGCAACAGCUUGAGAUGCUGGACGAAACAGAGUCGGUAUCAGAAUCAGUGCUUUCUGAGGAGCAGUUCAAGUGCUGGGAGUACAUGCUGGAGCAAAACACCCAGCUGCUGUUCGAUAAGGAGCUAAACACCAUCUCUAAGUCUUUCACUAAACAACGUACCGUACCCAAUGCAAUCAUGGCAGCUACAGUUCUUCCAGAACGGAAUGACUUUACCUCGAAUUUAAUGCGGACUGUCACCAACAAGUUCAUCUCGACCAGCACUCCUCAAUUACCCCAACCCAUAACGACUUCUGUGCCUCUGGGUUCAUAUCAUCAGGUGAAGCAAUCGCCCCAAGGACACUUUGGCAGUGCCCUCUCCUUCCAGCAGGCCCAUAGCUACGGCUAUAAUAUAUUUGAUGCCAAGCCUCGGCCCAAGUUUCACGGAGGCACAGUCAAGCGGGCCACGGGUCCAAAUUCAGCCUAUUUUGGAUCCCUUCAGCGCCUGAUGCCCUACAAUUUCGAAUACGACUUUGCCGUUACCCAGGAGCGGGAGAGAAACAUCCUGGACGAAGAGGAGCACGACGAUAAUGACUUCAACGAGCACGAGAGUAGAAUGCGAAAGUACUGGGGAGUGGCCACGACGGAACUUUAGCUUAGGGUUGUCUUUCAUCGGGGUAUUUACAAUAAGUUUAAAUGUAAGAAAAUAUUCGUUAGAUAAUUCCAUUAUUAGUUUGAUUUAAGACUCUCUAAACUAUGAAAAUAAAAAAAUAUAUUC